AUGAUUCGCCGACAAGCACGAGAGAGAAGGGAUUACCUUUACCGAAAAGCGCUCUUACUGCGAGAUGCAUCGAUCGCCGAGAAGCGUGCAAAGCUCAAAGCCGCCUUGGCAUCUGGAAAACCACUCGAUCCCUCCAUCGUUAAUGACUCCCAGCUCCGCGAAGACUUCAAAUACGACGAAUCUCUGCCUUCCGGUUCCUCCAAGGGUCAAGGCAAAGAUGACGAGUUCAUGGACGUUGAUGAUGAAUAUGCCCUCACAUCUGGUUUGGUAGAUCCUCGUCCGCUGGUCACCACAUCUCGAUCUCCGUCAGCACGACUCAGCACUUUCGCGAAAGAAAUUCGGUUAUUGCUGCCGACCUCUAUUCGGUUGAACAGAGGUAAUCUUGUCUUACCUGAUUUGGUAUCGAGUGCGAACGCCGCCGCACUUACAGAUAUGGUCCUCUUGCACGAACACCGUGGCACACCUACCGCAAUCACGAUAUCACAUCUUCCUCAUGGACCAACUGCUAGCUUCUCAUUGCACAACGUUAUGCUGCGAGCCGAUAUUCCCGAUUCAUCUAGAGGAACUGUUUCCGAGAGUUACCCGCACUUGAUCUUUGAAGGAUUCACCACAAAACUCGGAAAGCGAGUUGUUCAGAUUCUUAAGCAUCUUUUCCCUCCCCGAGAAGGCGGCGGAAAACUCGGAAACCGAGUUGUUACAUUCCGGAAUAGAGAAGAUGCCAUUGAGGUUCGGCAUCACGUCUUUGUUAAGACAGGAUAUCAGGAUGUUGAAUUGGCCGAGGUGGGGCCUCGUAUGACCAUGCGGCUCUUCGAGAUUCGAGGCGGUACGUUAGAGAAAAAUGCUGGUGGUGAUGUCGAGUGGGCUCUUACUCAAUAUACGAGAACGAGCCGGAAGAAGGAUUACCUAUAG